AUGAAGCCCAGACCGGCGGGGUUCGUGGACAACAGACUGAAGCAGCGAGUCGUGCAGUACCUCACCAGCAACAAAUGUGGCAAAUAUGUGGACAUUGGAGUCUUAGCAUCUGAUUUGCAAAGAAUGUACAGUGUAGACUAUGGUCGAAGAAAAAGAAAUGCUUUUAGGAUUCAGGUAGAAAAAGUAUUUAACAUAAUCAGUAGUGAGAAAGAACUUAAGGAUCUAACAGAGUUAGAAGAUGAACAUCUGGCAAAAAGAGCAAGACAAGGUGAAGAGGAUAAUGAGUUUACUGAAAGCUAUUCAGAAGAUGAUUCAAAUAUGGAAGACUACCCAGAUACACAGGCAGCAAAUCACAUGAACAGCUCCCUGCUCUCCUUAUAUCGGAAAGGACAUCCUGAAUCCAUUUCAAGGACUCCCGAGAUGGAGCCCAGAGAAACCACUGGCUCGACCCCGUGGACACCUUCCGGAACAGGCUCCAUCCCCUUGAAGACCCCGGCCAGAGGUUCUGAGGGAGGGUGGUUUAUCGACAGGACUGGUGGAAAGAUGGACGUGACAGAUGAGAAGAGUAAUCACAAGAAGCCAGGAUCUGAGAUAGAGGAUCCCAAAGACGCUUCUGUUCUGGAGUGUAGUGAAAAAAGGAAAGUCAGGCUGAAGAGCAAAGGAAGCAAAAGCAAGAAAGACCUUCAGGAAGCAGAUGGAGAAAUAGAAGCUGUCCUGCAGCUGAAAGCUAAAGCCAAGGGGCUAGAGUUACAAUUCUCCAAGGUGAAGUUUGAAGAUGUUGGAGGCAGUGAUACGACGUUAAAGGAGGUGUGCAAGAUGCUCAUCCACAUGCGUCACCCCGAGGUGUACCACCACCUGGGUGCCACCCCGCCGCGCGGAGUCCUCCUCCAUGGGCCGCCAGGCUGCGGGAAGACGUUGCUGGCACACGCUGUUGCCGGGGAACUGGACCUCCCGAUUCUGAAGGUAGCUGCCACGGAGAUUGUGUCCGGAGUAUCUGGGGAGUCUGAGCAGAAGCUGAGGGAGCUGUUUGAGCAGGCCGUGUCAAACGCACCCUGUGUCCUUUUUAUCGAUGAAAUUGAUGCUAUUACCCCCAAGAGAGAAGUUGCUUCAAAAGACAUGGAACGAAGAAUUGUAGCCCAGCUCCUCACCUGCAUGGAUGGUCAGUUUAAAAUAAUUCAUUUUCAGAUAAUAAAUUGUGAGCGGGCUUUCUCACACGUGCGAAUACUUCGAACUUUGUGCAGAAAACUUAGACUUCCGGAAAGUUUCCCUUUCCGUCAGUUAGCACGCCUGACGCCAGGCUUCGUUGGUGCGGACCUGAUGGCGCUGUGCCGAGAGGCAGCCAUGGGUACGGUCAGCAGGGUCCUGACGGUGCUGCAGGAGCACCUGCCCCCGGAUCCCGUGACUGCGGGUUUGCCGUCCGGACAAGGCCGGGAAGACCGGAUGGGCACCGAGCCCGCUGCUGGGACACCAGAGGAGUUACAGCGGCUGCUGGAGCUGCUGAGGAGCCACGAGCCCCUGUCCGAGGAGCAGCUGCAGGGGCUGUGCAUCGAAUGGGGUGAUUUCACUGCUGCCCUGGCCUCCGUCCAACCCUCUGCCAAAAGGGAAGGCUUUGUCACUGUCCCCAACGUGACCUGGGCAGAUAUCGGCGCCCUGGAAGAUAUCCGGGAGGAGCUCACCAUGGCCAUACUGGCACCGGUGCGCAACCCCGAUCGGUUCAGAGCUCUUGGAUUGGUGACUCCCGCUGGGGUCCUCCUGGCUGGUCCCCCCGGCUGUGGGAAAACGCUGCUGGCAAAGGCUGUUGCAAAUGAAUCCGGACUGAACUUUAUAUCUGUCAAGGGCCCCGAAUUGCUCAACAUGUAUGUCGGUGAGAGCGAGCGUGCAGUCCGCCAGGUGUUCCAGCGAGCCAGGAGCUCUGCGCCCUGUGUCAUCUUCUUUGACGAAGUGGACGCCCUGUGCCCUCGAAGGUCAGACCGGGAGACAGGGGCAAGUGUCCGGGUGGUGAAUCAGCUACUUACCGAGAUGGACGGUCUCGAAGCGCGGCAGGAGGUGUUCAUUAUGGCAGCCACCAACCGGCCAGAUAUCAUUGACCCUGCGAUCCUGCGCCCUGGACGUCUAGACAAAACACUGUUUGUGGGUUUGCCACCUCCAGCCGACCGUCUGGCCAUCCUAAAAACCAUUACAAAAAAUGGCACAAGACCCCCCCUGGGUGCAGACGUAAAUUUGGAAGCCCUUGCCGCUGACCUGCGCUGUGAUUGCUAUUCGGGUGCCGAUCUCUCUGCGUUGGUUCGGGAGGCAUCCGUCUGCGCCCUGAGAGAGGAAAUGACAAGACCGAAGGACGGAGGUGAGACAGGUGAACUCAAGGUCAGUCAGAAGCACUUUGAAGAAGCUUUCAAGAAAGUGAAAUCUUCUAUAUCAAAAAAGGACCAGGUGAUGUAUGAAGCUCUGCAGCGGUCCCUCAGCCGGUGACCCCGGCCGCAGCAGGCCCCGGAGCAGGCCAGUGCGCCCAGCUUGCCGAGAAGCCCGCACGCUCUGAGCUGCCCGCUUGCCACCUGCUGCGGAUGGGGUCCUGUGUGCGCAUGUUAUUCCCAGGGUGACGUGGCCGGUUGGAGCCACACUCUCCCCGUCUGGCCAGCUGGGUGCGGGAACACCCUCCCCGCUUUUUAAGAACAAGAAAGAUGUUUAACUGCUCAAGUAAAAUAACCGAUAACUUUUUUUAAAUAAAAUGUUUAUUUUGAAACC